CGUUGUUUUAUAAAUACGUGUCUCUCUUCUCAAAUAUAACUUCAAUUGAUCCAAAGAUAUGGCCCAACAGUUGACACAAACGAUGACAUCAAUCGAGACCACAGAUGACGGCAACACACAAAAGCCACAGAUUUACGCCAAGAACUCAAUGGACAGAUACGGCGAUGACUUGUGUGAAGUAUUGCUGUCAUACCUCUUACCCGAAGACCGAUUCCGUUGCGAAUGUGUGUCCAAACAAUUCAGUAGAACUGUCUUCAAGAGUGUUGUGGACAUCAAAAUCAAUGAUCGCCUUCUGAAGCAAAUUCAAGAUUCAAGCUUUGGAUGUGAAAAACACAUUCCCGAAGUAUUGGGCAUUUUUCGUAACAAUUGCCCGCAUUUACGGGACAUUUGCUGUAAUUUAUCGCCAAAAAGUAGUCAAUUAGUGGCCGAAUUUGGACCAAUGGUCACACGAAUCGGUAAUAUUAAGCUUUUCACAAACUAUAAGGCGGUCACUGAUUGUCACCAAUUAUUACACCUAUGGCUGAGUCCUGCGGACAAAGUUUUUGACCCCAAUUCCGGCAUUAGAGACGACAUAUUAGGCGAUAUCGACAACUGGUUGGCAUACGUGAGUAGUAUAGAGUGGUAA